AUGAACACCUACAGCCUGUUGCAAGAAGGUCGUGCACUCACCCUUUCUGUUGUUGGUCCCUUCCUGGCUGGUGCUGCUGGAGUCGGUUUGCUGUGGCAGUUCGUGUGCGUGGCAAAGCACUUGCACCGGACGGUGCGGCUCGUGCCUCGGGAGGGCCAGGGCUCCUCACUGACUACUACGCAGCGCAGCUCCGAGCUCGGGAAGGCGUCCAUGGGCUUUCGAGCUUACGAGACUCAGACGGCUGUCAACGAGUACUUGCAUUUCCAUUAUGGGCCGCAGUCGGUGCAACUGCAGAUGGCGGUCCAGGGUGCAUCACAGGUCACUUGGGGCUUUGAGCGUGUCCUGGACGUUUGCUUCAACCAUGCCGUUGGAUGGGAGCAUGCCUUGGACGUAGGAUGUGCCGUCGGAGGAAGCACCUUUGCCUUAAGCUCACGCUUUCAGCACGUGGUCGGUGUGGACACCUCCCACGCCUUCAUCCAUGCUGCUUGCUCCUUGCAGAGAUCCGGCUCCCUGCCCUACAUGCUGCCCGGCCGUGGGGAGAGCUGGGCAUCCAUCCCACGCAGUUCACAGCCGGCUCGCUGCAGCUUUGCCUGCGUG